AUGGAUCUGAAGGACAGCACCAGCGAGGGCAGCAUGGGCAGCCUGCAGCCUUCCAGCAUCCAGAUCUUUGCCAACACCUCCACGCUCCACGGGAUCCGCCACGUCUUCGUCUACGGACCGGUGACCAUCCGGCGCCUGCUCUGGACCUUGGCCUUUGUGGGCUCCCUGGGUCUCCUCCUGGUGGAGAGCUCCGACCGGGUGGCUUUCUACUUCUCCUACCAGCACGUGACCAAAGUGGACGAGGUGGUGGCCAACAGCUUGGUCUUCCCUGCUGUCACCAUCUGUAACCUCAACGAGUUUCGCUUCUCCCGGCUCACCACCAACGACCUGUACCACGCCGGGGAGCUCCUGGCUCUGCUGGAUGUCAACCUGCAGAUCCCCAACCCUCACCUGGCCGACCCAGCCGUCUUGGCUAUCCUCCAGGAGAAGGCCAACUUUAAGCAGUACAAACCCAAAGUUUUCAACAUGCAGGAGUUCUUGGCGAGGGUUGGCCAUGACCUGAAGGAUAUGAUGCUGUACUGCAAGUUCAAAGGCCAAGAGUGCAACCAUGAGGACUUCAAAACUGUGUUUACAAAGUAUGGGAAAUGCUACAUGUUCAACUCAGGAGAAGAAGGACGACCUCUGCUUACCACGGUGAAGGGUGGGACAGGCAAUGGGCUGGAGAUCAUGCUGGACAUACAGCAGGAUGAGUAUUUGCCCAUAUGGGGAGAGACAGAGGAGACAACAUUUGAGGCUGGAGUCAAAGUGCAGAUCCACAGCCAGUCUGAGCCACCCUUUGUCCAGGAGCUGGGGUUUGGGGUGGCCCCUGGAUUCCAGACCUUUGUGGCCACUCAAGAGCAAAGGCUGACCUACCUGCCUCCGCCCUGGGGUGAGUGCCGCUCGUCGGACUUGGGCUUAGACUUCUUUCCCGUUUACAGCAUCACAGCCUGCAGGAUCGACUGUGAGACUCGCUACAUCGUGGAGAACUGCAACUGCAGGAUGGUGCACAUGCCAGGGGAUGCUCCCUUCUGCACCCCAGAGCAGUACAAGGAGUGUGCAGAGCCUGCUCUUGGUUUGCUUGCUGAGAAGGACAGCAAUUACUGCAUCUGCAGGACACCCUGCAACCUGACCAGGUACAACAAAGAGCUCUCCAUGGUCAAGAUACCCAGCAAGACCUCAGCCAAGUACCUGGAGAAGAAAUUCAACAAGUCAGAAAAAUACAUCUCAGAGAAUAUUCUUGUGCUGGACAUAUUUUUUGAGGCACUCAACUAUGAGACAAUUGAGCAGAAGAAAGCCUACGAAGUGGCAGCCUUACUUGGUGACAUUGGAGGCCAGAUGGGGCUGUUCAUCGGUGCUAGCAUCCUCACUAUCCUGGAGCUCUUCGAUUAUAUCUAUGAGCUCAUCAAGGAGAAAUUAUUAGACCUACUUGGAAAGGAGGAAGAGGAAGGGAGCCAUGAUGAAAACGUGAGCACUUGUGACCCCAUGCCAAACCAUUCAGAGAGUGUCAGCCACACUGUGAACGUGCCCCUGCAGGCCACCCUGGGAACGCUGGAGGAGAUCGCCUGCUGA